UUCUCAAUGCUUCUGGGUGUGUCAUCCAGGCAAAGGUCAUGACCUGUGUGUGUCAGCCAGGGGGUUCCCUUACCUCUCAUAGGCUGGCUUAACACUGAGGAGUAUUCCCUCACUAAAUCAGUGUUGAGGUCCUCAGUGAACACCACCAUCAGGAUGCAUGUCGGAAACCACAACACUACUGUGGAAUGUGUCAGCACAAAUGAAGUGGGCAGAGUGAGAGAGAAGCUGCAAGUCACCCAAAAAGAGAGCCAAGGAAAGCAAGGAGAGGAAGUAUUUAAAGACAUAUGGGCUCUGCUGUCGGACCUAAAACUGAUUGCUGCAUUUGUGAUUGGUGCAGCCUUCUCAGCCACCAUCUGUUGUAUCAUCCUGUGUUUGACAGGGAAAUGUAAAAGAUGCAAAGGGAGGAUCCCAAAGGACUCAGACUCCAAAAGCGCAUUAACGAAACUGGAGAUGGUGGCAUGUGAAGACCAACAGACGAAUUCAGGACAGGCUGUACGGGGCGAACAGACCCCUCUGCAGGUGGUGCUGAUGGAGGGAGCUGAAAACACAGGACCCCAGACCAGUGGAGCUGCAGGAAACUCUGCCAAAGGGGAAGAACCUCAAGAUGUGCACUACGCCACUAUCAACUACUCCCAACUGAAGAAGACUCCUGAGGAGGCAGAGAAGAAGACCACCACCUCAGAGUCAGAGUACGCCAAAAUCAAACGAGAGAAUAAGAAAGAAGGGUAUGAAGGUGGAGGAGAGGGGAGUGGAGUGAUGAAUGAGGAGGAGAACGAGAAUGGUAAGCCAGCAGCAGAGACAUAUGAGAAUACAGAGCUUUACUCCAACGUCAAGGCUAUUAUGGGUGGUGAGUGACACAGCAAUUUUCACUAGAAACAUGGGGGAUAGCAUGCAGUAUUAUAUAGCCAUGUGUUCCUUUAUCAUUUUCUGAAUCCAGAUUGAAUGUUUUAUGUUGAUAGUGGGACUUUUGCUCAACUGAAACUACUGUAGUUUUGGUGUUGUUUCCUCAUGUGCUGAAUCAAGUUUGAAUGUUUUAUGAUAAUACAGAUAUGUUGUUUAAUAACUGAAACUACUGUAAUUAAUAGUUUUGGUAAAUUAUUUAUUUUACAGCCCUGUGUCAGAUGGUACUGUAUGUAUCUAUCUGGUGGUUGUACAUUUACAAUAAGAAUAUCUUCUAGUUGUACAUAGAAGCAAGUUUUGGUCAAGUUUUUUAUGAAGUUUUUCAAGGAAGAGUCAAUUUACUUUUGUAAUGACAGUGUUUUGUCACCAAGGGGAAGGACUGACACAUACGUGUUUGGGAAAAGUAGAGGUCAAGACAUUUCUUUUUUCUUCUCCUCUUUCCUUUCAUUUUUGCAUUUUGAUUUGACAAGUGGGUGGGGAUAUUAGGUAGUAUGUGUGGAUGUUAUCAAUAUAUUUCUGUAAAUAGAAUACUGAUACACUGUUGGAGAGCUCAAAUUAAGGAAUCAAGAAAAAAAGUAAAUUAUGCUUUUAAAAGUUUUUUUGCUACAGAUUGGUUGUUUAGCAACAAAACAGAUGCGAGCACAACUAUGUGGUAAAACAGAUGUGUUGGCUUAGAUUGUAGACUACAUGUCACAUAUUUCAUCUCCAUAUAAAUACAUUUGCACAAUGAGCACUUAUUGUCUCUCAAAUACAUUGUUACAGUUGUUUGGUUAGCUAGGUAGCAUUUUUUUGUGUGCCAUAUUAGCAAAUAACACCCCCAGAAAUAUAACAUUUCAAGAACAACAUAAAACUAGCUGAAACAAGCCACCUACUAUUCGCCAGAUGGCAGCUUUGUGUCAUUGUUGCUAGAUAUCUGGCCAUCCAGAAUCACCACAACAUGUGGUCUUCUGCCACAUUGAAGCAUGCCUAUCGUUUUCAUGACAUUUUCAGCUAACCCAUUUAUGAGAAUAUUUUUCUAUUUAUAAGUGUGCAUUAUUGCAGUAUUGUUUUAUAUUGA